UAUUUUUCAGAUUAAGACGCAAAAGGGAUAAAGGUGACCCGGAGUCAAAAGAGUCCUAGGUCAAAGUAGUAUCUGGAGUAAAUGAAUCCAUCCCCUGAGUUCCUGCACAGCUUGGAGUCGCAAAUAUAAUUAUGAAGACGGGACUAGUCCUGAGUUUCCUCCAGUGUAUUCUAUACCUGGAGAAGGUUCAAGCUCAGUUUGAGGUUCUCAGUCAUAUUUGUAAAUAUGGAACAUACUCUAAUGGACACAGAGAAAGGAUGGAGUGCUGGGCUGCCAUCAGUUUUUGUAAAAGAGAUCUAGACAGAGGACCAAUUAAUCCUGGAAGAAUACCUAGAGAUUUCAGAGAGUUCCCUGUACUAGAGUACAGACAAGAGUUAAGAACAUGUUCCUACAACAAUGGAUUUCAGUACAAUUGUGUAGAAAAGGGACAAUGAUAAAAAACCCCUAAA